AAGCUGGGACUUGCUGAGCAGCACACUGCAGCACACUGUAGCUGGGCUGCACGGCCACCUCAGGACCAGUCAACACUUCCAGUCCCCAGAAUGAAGCUCAUCAUAGGCAUUGGAGGGGUGACCAACGGUGGGAAGACCACCCUGACCAACAGCCUCCUCAAGGCACUGCCCAACUGCUGCGUGAUCCAUCAGGAUGACUUCUUCAAGCCCCAGGACCAAAUAGCAGUCGGGGAGGACGGCUUCAAACAGUGGGACGUGCUUGAGUCCCUGGACAUGGAGGCCAUGCUUAGCACGGUGCAGGCCUGGGUGAAGGAUCCACACAAGUUUGCGCGUGCUCACGGCGUCAGCCUGCAGCCAAGUGCCUCGGACACCCACAUACUCCUCCUGGAGGGUUUCCUACUGUACAGCUACAAGCCCCUGGUGGACUUGUACAGCCAACGCUACUUCCUGACCGUGCCGUAUGAGGAAUGCAAGCAGAGGAGAAGAAGUCGUACUUACAUGGUCCCCGAUCCUCCUGGCCUGUUUGAUGGUCACGUGUGGCCCAUGUACCAGAAGUAUAAACGGGAGAUGGAGCAGGAUGGGGUGGAAGUGGUCUAUUUAGAUGGCACGAAGUCCCGGGAGGGACUCUUCCGUGAAGUUCUGGAGGAUGUUCAGAACAGACUGCUUAACACAUCCUAGCAAGACGCAGGUCCUGGGUGCGACUGCAGACACAGGACAGUGGAGUCUGAGAUUUUCUGGCUGGAUGCAGUGGCUCUUUGCCUCUAGGGAAUCUGUACAUAGGAGAGUAUGUCCCCACACAUGUGCAAUGGACAUGGACACCUUGAGACGUUAUAGCACCUCAACAUUAAAGUGAACUCUGUUUUCUAACCUGA